AUGGGUCGAUAUUAUAGAACAACAUCAACGUGUGAUAUCCGUGCUAUUGGAAUAAAAGGUGAUCUUAAUUCAUUAUGUGGUGCUAUUAAACGAUUUCAACGUCAUGGAAUACAAUCAAAUGAUUUAUUAAGUCUGAAAGAAUUAUGUGCUCGUCGUAUUGCUUUGAUUAAAAAUAAACAAGUCAGAUGGUUUAUUACUGCUUAUUUACCACCACAUUUAUUCAAAUAUGUUACAAACGAUAUAUUUAAUUUACGACGAGAUGAAUUUAAGUUGAAUUAUGCAAAAGAUUUUGAAAUGUGCAAUGCAUGUUCAAUCGAUGAUUAUCAACAACGAUCAUCAAUGAAAUGUCGAUGUCCUAAAGUUGAAGGUGUAAUUCGUAAAUUAAAUAGUUAUUUUACUCGUCGAAUGAAUAAUAAUAAGAAGAAAACGAAAAAAGAUCAAACAAGAAAAUUUGAACUUAUUUAUAAAAUGCCAAAUGGUGAAGAAGAGAUUUUCAUGCACGAAAAUCUCGAACCUCAGUUUUUCCUUUAUCUUUCACCAGCUGAAUAUUUUGAUGAAGACUCAACGACUGAAGAAGAUGAUAUGGAUGGUUCGAUAUCAUGUCAAACAUAUAAGUUUUUAAAGGGUCAAAUAUCUACAGAAGAUAAAAUUUUAUUUGUCGAUGUUAUGCGUUUUAUUGGUGCUGUUCGAAUUAAUCAUGAUCAACCUGCACUUAUUUCAUAUCAUCGUCAAGAAGUUACAUCUGAUAUGUAG